AUGGGCUCCGAGGAUUUUUGCCAGUCGGAACGCUCCAUUACUUAUCCGAAGGAAAACUACGAUGAUUGCUUUCUGGAUAAGGAGCAGAGUUUGCCGGGCAAAUGCAAAAAGAUACAGGAUUGUCCCACAGCGCUAGAGCGUUGGAAAAAGGAUAGAGUGGAACCGAAAACGUGUCACUUUAUCAAAUUCGAUCAUUAUGUCUGCUGUAAGCAGGAACUCGAUGAACCACCAAGGCCAACACCUAAACUGCCAACGACGCCGGAUUUCAUUGAUUUCCACUUAGUCCCCAACAAUACGCGACCCAGUUUAUUAGCCUGCUAUAAGCCAUAUAAUCCUGCGCCAAUCAAUGUUACGGAUAUCGCCUUUCAUACCGUGGUAUAUGGCGGAAAACCAACGACCUAUCGGGAGUUCCCCUACAUGGCUGCCCUCGGCUGGCGUUCAAAUUUCGACGAAAGCAUUUUCUAUCGCUGCGGCGGCGCACUUAUCUCCAAUAGUUUUGUACUAACGGCUGCCCACUGCAUCGACUUUGGAGGUGCAUUGCCCGCUACAGUGCGUCUGGGUGGAGAUAAUUUGACACUCAACAUUGGCGAAGAUUUCAAGAUCAAGCGCGUGAUCAUACAUCCCAACUAUAAUGGCAGAUCUUCCUACAAUGACAUCGCCUUGUUGGAGCUGGACACGAUUCAGCCGCCUAAACUAACACCAGCUUGUAUUUGGCCCAAUCCCGAUCUGGUCACCAAUCAACUUACUGCCAUUGGCUACGGACAGACACGAUUUGCGGGUGUGUCCUCAGCACAGCUCCUGAAGGUGCCGCUGAACUUUGUCAGCAAAGCCGAAUGUGAGCCGCACUAUCAAAAGGAUUUGCUGCCCAAAGGAGUGGCGGAAACCCAUUUGUGUGCCGGUGAUCCCGCCAAUGCGCAUGAUACUUGCCAAGGUGACUCGGGGGGACCGCUACUAAUGGACCAUGGGCCCUUUAAGUAUGUUGUGGGCAUCACAUCCUUGGGCCAUGGUUGCGCCAGCGGUCCGCCAAGUAUAUAUACGCGCGUCUCCUCCUAUGUGGACUGGAUUGAGAGCUACGUGUGGCCCAAGUCGGCGGAGAUAAAGGAAACGACAGCAGCCGGGGCUUAUCCCAAUUUUGAUGUUCGCACCGAAACCUAG